AUGCUUCGUUGGCUGAAGGCUGAUAAUGAGCGUUCUAAGAAGACAGAAACCUUCCGUAACAUAUCAGAUGGAUUGGAACAAAUCUACAGGGAUAAGUUGCUUCCUAUAGAGGAAUACUAUGACUUCCAUCGCUUCUAUUCGGCUCCUCUUACUCCUGCUGACUUUACUGCUAAGCCUAUGGUGAUGCUUAUAGGACAAUAUUCUACUGGUAAGACUACAUUCAUAAGGCAUCUCCUAGAGAGGGAUUAUCCUGGUAUGAGGAUUGGACCAGAGCCCACUACCGACAAGUUCUGCUGCAUUAUGGAUAGUAGCUCCUCAGGUGGAGGGGAUCAUGUUAUACCUGGCAAUGCAUUGGUAGUGGAUCGGACACUACCAUUCACACAACUCGGGCAGUUCGGCAACGGCUUCAUGAAUCGUUUUGAGGCAUCGAUGAUGGAGGGAUCACCAGUUUUACAGGGUGUAUCAUUUAUCGAUACACCUGGCAUAUUAUCAGGGGAAAAACAGAGGCUGCAGAGGGGUUAUGAUUUUGAAGGUGUGGUAAACUGGUUUGCUGAUAGAGUCGAUAUGAUACUGCUACUAUUCGAUGCUCAUAAACUGGAUAUAUCUGAUGAAUUCCGUCGAUGCAUUCUAGCAUGUGGUCAGAAUGAGAAUAAGAUUAGGAUUGUUCUUAAUAAAAGCGAUAUGGUAACUACUCAGCAGCUUAUGCGGGUGUAUGGUGCCCUUAUGUGGUCACUUGGUAAGGUUAUCAAUACUCCUGAGACAUCAAGAGUCUUCAUCGGGUCGUUCUGGGAUGAGAAGUUGAAUAAUGAUGAACAACGGAGCCUAUUCGAGAAGGAAGAGUCGGACCUAUAUGCAGAUAUAGCCAAGUUACCUGAAGAAGCUGCUCUCAGGAAACUAAAUGAUCUAAUAAAACGUGCAAGUGAUGCACCAAUAAUGCAGUUAGCUAAGACCCAUGCCUGUCUGAUGACAUACAUUAAACACGAGAUGCCCUCUAUGUUUGGGAAGAACUCGAAGAAGCGUGAGCUCAUUGAUCAUCUAGAUAUGGUGUAUGAGCAGUCUCAAGAAGUAAUACAACCUUCCUAUGGUGACUUCCUUCAGUGGAAUUAUAUGCGCAAAGAGUUAGCACAUUACGAUUUCAGUAAGAUCAAGAAGGCUCGAAGCUUAGAGCAUAUUGAUGAGGUGUUAUCUGAUGAUAUACCAGCAUUACUCAAGAUGAUACCUAGAGAGCGUGAUGAUAAGGAAUUACCAGAUAUCUUCAGAGGCGGCAUUGCUAAUGUAAUAAGUACCAUCUCUCUCUGUGUCAUUCUAAUACCAUUCUCAGCCUGGUAUAUGACACUAUUCGAGUCAUGUGGUCCUGAUCCAGUUGAUGGUAAGCUGUCUGGUGCCCGAGCUAAGCAGGAGAUGCUCAAGAGCAAACUUCCGUCUGGAGUAUUGCACAGAAUAUGGAACUUAGCAGAUGUAGAUCGUGAUGGGAAGUUGGAUAUCAACGAGUUUGCCCUGGCCAUGCAUUUCGUACGUAUGCGUUUAGACGGCCACACACUGCCACAUGAGCUCCCAGAGAAUAUGGUGCCGAAGUAG